CGCGCGUCUUCUCACCAAAACAAGGUGACGCGCAAAUGCUUCCGUGGUUACCUAGUGCUAGCUGCUAAUACCAUGGUCCAUAUUGAAUUUCACUGAUCACCCUGCAACUCCUCAAUCAGACCUAAAAUAUCGUGAUCUCUCUCUCAUCGCGUUCCCUACACCAAGUCCUUCGCCAUACGCAGGCUAUCUUCAUUACUGGUUGAAGAGGACAACGCAGAAGAUACCAGCUCACUUGGCUCAACCUCGAUCCGCUUCUUACGGGAUUAGGAGCUUGAGAGGCUCGAUUCGAAAUAUGCCGAGGCCGCCGACAAAACGCAAUCGCUUGACAUCCAAGGCUCCACCAGCCGCGGAACAGAUUCACCAACAAAGCUCAGGACGACGUGGUUUAUCAUCAACGGAUGAUCCCGAUUCCCUGGCGGAUACAGAUCAGGCCAUCGGAGUUUUCUCAAGCGCCCAGGCCUCAGACAUCCAACGGCAAUUGAAGAACCAGACACCCAUGGCUAGAGCGCAAGAACAUGCGAUCGAAUCAUCGCCCAUGGGUGAGCGUGGAGCCACAGGUAGUCGUCCAGUUACAAGAGCUCGUGGUUACUCGUCUACCCUUUCUGUUGCUGGUCGAAAGGGCGAUACGGGUUCCAAAGUUCCAGGUACUCCCGCUUUCGAAAAUUCGAUAUUGAGUAAUUUUAGAAGAAGGCCCCGCCAACCUAGCAUCUUGCAGAUGAUGCAAGCAGAUGACGAUUCUUCUGACCUCGACGACGAUGUUUUCCUCGGCAGUUUGAGUCCCGAAGACGAGUCUACCCCCUUGAAUCUUUCGAGGGGUAGGUCGCUCCUGAUCGAGCAAGCUGCGUCGCCAUCGGCGUCACCUAGUCUUCAAACAUCAUGCAGUGGCGCAUCGCGCAAGCGAAAGCUAUCUACUGAGGGGCUACAAGUACAUCGAUCUGACCCGGAAGUCAUGGAGCAAUCUCCUGCUACCUCGCCUAGUUCGCACGACUGGCAAAACAGGCCUAGGGUGUCUGUGGAUCAUCCUCAAGUCCUGAACUCUCCUGACACAUUCAGCCAAACUCUGGCGCCGCCUAUGAGCAGCAGCCCGCCACUCAGCCCGAUACUUACUACCUCGAUGCCCGAAAUGGCAAAGCCGAAACGUAAAGACAAGCCCGCUGAGCUGGCCACCAGUAGAAAGAUGAUCUUACCGACGGCAACUCUUCAGGACAGGUUGCUACCCCGGAGAAACCGCCCGCAACGUAAACGCUUCGGUACGAGCGGUUGUGAGGCUGCCGAGGAUUUCAGUGAUGGCUAUCGUUCCGCUACUGGGGAUGAUGAUGAUGAUGAAUUAUACUACCUUCCGUCCAGGAGGCCGUCCCGGGCACAGAGAAAACAAGCAAACAAACAAAACCCCGCGGAAAUUACCAUGACCGCGCAGGAAAUGCAAGAGACAGCAGAUAGUGUCGGGGUCCAGACAAUGGGCGGUCAGCAUUCUCCUGCGCAGCCAGAUGCCACUGCAGACAAGCUCCCACAGCACGUGAAGGGAGAUAAAAAGAUGGCAUCCGGACCAGGUUCGUUGAAAACCGCGAAUUUUGACAAGAAAACUCAGCCAGUCGAUACAUCACCAUUGUCAUCACCUUUGUCAUCUCCGCCAGAUUCAGAUAUGUCCGAGUCAGAGUCUAUGCCAGAGCCAACUUUGGACAGCCAUUUUCUUAGUGAAGAAUUGAUGCUGCAGGCGAAGAAAUUUGCAGAUGUUGAUAAGUGGCAGUUAGAUUUCGAAGACGUGGUUCCUCCUGACAGCCAAGGCAGUGAUGCCUUCAGAUAGCCGAUUAAAUGUCAUAGAUUAACGUGGUUUAGCAUGCACCGAUCUCGUUUCGGAUCUGAUGGAGUUGGCCGAAAGAAAAUAGGAAAGAAUGAGCUUUUGGGCUUUAUAAGUACACG